GGGAAGAAGCUGCAGUUACUGCCUGCGUGAGGAGGAGGAGGAGGAGGAGAGGCGGCUAGACUGCCUCCUGCUGCUCCGAGGUGCACAGAAGUUAGUUGCAAGAACAAGAUAGAGGGGGAAAAUUGAAGAUUUGUGUGGUCCCAAGAGAAAGGAAGGAGCCAAGUUAUCACCAGGACACAAAAGGACAAGCUUGGCCAAUAAAAGAUACAUGGGACGUAUAAACCAUUAGAGGUCAAAAGAGACAUUCAAAGAGCUGCAUAGGAUUAAUUGGAUUGUGUAGCCUGCACAACCAUGGAAGGGGAUUGUCUGAGCUGCAUGAAGUAUCUGAUGUUUGUCUUCAAUUUCUUCAUAUUUCUGGGUGGUACAUGUCUACUGGGAGUUGGAAUAUGGGUCAUCGUAGAUCCCACAGGAUUUCGAGAGAUAGUGGCUACUAAUCCUCUGCUCUUCACGGGGGCGUACAUCAUGCUGGCCAUGGGAGCAAUGCUCUUCCUGCUAGGGUUCCUUGGCUGCUGUGGAGCCAUUCGUGAGAACAAAUGCCUCCUUCUCUUUUUCUUCAUGUUUAUUUUGCUAAUCUUCCUGGCAGAACUCUCAGCGGCGAUCCUGGCUUUUAUCUUUAGAGAAAAUUUGACCAGAGAGUUCUUUACCAAGGAGCUGAAAAAGCACUAUCAAGGGAACAACGAGUCUGACGUCUUCUCGACCACCUGGAACUCAGUCAUGAUCACAUUUGGCUGCUGUGGAGUCAAUGGACCUGAAGAUUUUGAAACUGCCCCUCGUUUCCUUCACCUGUAUUCACAUGAUGUAGUUCCUGAAGCAUGUUGCCAGCGAAAGCUCCAAUCUCGUACUGGAGCAUUCAUCAACAAAGAAGAUUGCCUCAAGGGGAAUGAUAUGUACCAAAACCGGCAGGGCUGCUACACUGUGAUACUUAACUCCUUUGAGACAUACGUGUACCUUGCAGGAGCUCUUGCUAUUGGUGUUUUAGCCAUUGAGCUAUUUGCUAUGAUCUUUGCCAUGUGCCUCUUUCGGGGAAUCCAGUAGGAAGCAUUCCAUGAGCAGCUGAGAGUUUUUCAAUCACAUGCUUUGAAGGAAGGAAAGAGAGAAGAUAAACUUUAUUUUUUGGUUAACAAAGUGGGGGGAAAAUGACUGUAAUAUAUGAAUGACCAAAAGGAUUGUACUUCAGGGGCUGGAACUUUGAGGUGCUGUGCACUACAUUGCCUUCUCCCAGGGGAGUCAUUCAUCAGAAGCCACACGCAGUGGCUUGCACUAAGAGCCUGCAAGACAGGGAGGAAGUGAACUCUGGUGGUCUCCACGAAGCAGGAUGUUGCAUGGAAUUCACAUCUCUUCACACAAUAGGGCCCAUCAAUUGGUGAGGAAAAGGAAGACCACCCAUUAUACACAAGAUCUGUAUUCAGCAUCCUAAGGAACUGCUCAGCCAAAGCAUUGUGACAUACACAGGUCAGGCUAGUUUUAAGCAACUUGGAGAAAAUGUUGCUUUGACACUGACUUACCAGCCCUCAGUCAAGAUGGGCAGUAAACCAUCACUUUUAUUGCGGGGAUGCAAGCUUUCAUGGAUUACAAGGAAUGGAUAAUGUCUCCACAUGGAUCCUACAGAAGGAGUCAAGCCUACUGUGUUGGAAAACAUGGGGAGAGGCAUCCUUUUUAAGGCCAAGAGAGGGAUAUGAUGAAAUCAGAAGUUUUGUGCAUAUCUUUUCUUCGUCACAAUGAGUUUUCUGUUCAGUAUUCUGUGAGAAGAGGAAAGAGUAAGGUAGUUCUGCUGCCUCCCUCACCUUAAAAUAAAAGAAAAAAAGAAUAAAGUUUUCUCAUCUAGAAUGGUUGGUGCUGUCUCCCUUAAGGAGAACUAUUUUGUUUUGUUUUUAAGCUUUUGAAUGUUUUGUCAUCACCAUGGUAUGUGCAAAAUAUGUUGCCUCAUUUGGCCUUUUGUAGCGGUUGAUUUAGCUUGUGGUCUUCAUGUUUCAGUGUGCCUUUCAGCUGUGUGGAGAAAUCCCCCAAAUGGCAAUGAAAACGAUGAGAAACUUCUGCAGUUGUCCUUUGCACAAUUUCAUUGUGAAUCUUGUGGCCUCACUUCUGUCUGCAGCAAUUCUUACUUAGCUUUUUCCUGAACUGCGGGAAAUACUAAAACACUCUAACCAGAAUCUUUCCCCUCCCCCCCUUUUUUUCUUUUCUUUUUUAAUGGAUGGCAAGCUGUGAUAUCAGUUGUAUGUUAUCCAUUCAGGUUCUCAAAGCCAAGUUCAGGAAUGGGCGCAAUGAGCAGGCCUAAGGGGCAGAACUGAAGUCCUAAUAUAUUAAGGGUAUCCUUGUUGCCAUAGAUUUUGAUGGAUACAUAAAUCAGAGUCAAAGUAACACUGAACAAGUGACAAACAGUGAUGCAAGCUGGCAAAGGAAAAGGACGUGUGCUGCACCAAGAAGAAGUAG